GUUGUACACACUCGUCGAGAUACUCCGAGACAGGCCGAGCGCGCGUGUGUACAGGGCGCUCUCGUCUCGUCUCGCUCUCUCGUUCUCGUCUCGUUCGCUCUCGGUGCCUUGUCGGUUUUUUGCGACCGAGUCAAAGGGUCUCGUUGGCUCUCGCGAGGUAAACGAGAGCGAGCAUGUACACACUCGUUCAUUUAGUUGCUCGCUGACUGUAUUUAUAAACGCACGUGUUUCACUAUGUGGUCUAAUGAACGAGAAUUACAGUUUUUAGAGUGGUAUCAAACAGAACCUGUGUUAUGGAACUCGAAGGAUGUGAAUCAUAAAGAUAAACAAUGUAUCCAUGACGCUUGGGUGCGAAUAAGCGAGCACAUGAAAAUCCCGGUCGCAGAGUUGAAAAAGAAGCGGGACUCACUUAUGGCUACCUAUCGUAGUCAUAAAAGAAGGGUUAUUGCCUCCAUCCAGUCUGGAGCUGCAGCCGAAUCAGUAUAUAAACCAAUAUGGUUCGCCUAUGAGUUUAUGGACUCAUUUUUAAAUAAUAUUGUUCAGUGUAGAAAUACAUUGAACACAGAUACACAGAAUACAACAACUACAACAGAAAGUGAAAAAUUAGAUGGAGAAGAGGAAGUUGUAGGCGCAGGUUCUGCGCCUACGACUUCCUCACUGGAAACAGUACCGCGGCGCCGAAAAAAUCCUAUGGAACUACAAGAAGCUGGGAAGACGAUGAAGGAAGCCAUGAGUUCACUGAAUAAAGUUUUGAAUAAACCGGUAGUGCCCGAAGACGAUUUUGAUCGUUAUGGCAAAAUUCUUGCUAAUAAGCUCCGUAAACUAAGUGAAACAGAUAGUUUAAAAAUGAUGUAUGAAAUAGAUGGAUUAUUUAUAAAGCGCAUUAAUGCUAUACCCUCAUAUUUCACACAGCCUUCACCGACGUACACUAUGCAUUCAGAACCAACUUCAAGACUUGUACUACAUUCUACUACAUCCCCUACAUACUACGUUCGGCCUGAGUCGGCAUGCACUACAUAUUCUGAUCCAGGGGUUCAAAGAUCACAUUCCGAUAACGUUAUUCAAAUUUUGUCUGACGAGAUUGUUAGUCCACCAACAGAUUCAGCGCACAAUACCGACAUUGUAAAUCAGGCAUUUUAUGAAGCAUAGUUUUAUAAGUACCUACUUCCUUACUACAAUUUUGACCAUAACCUAUUUUUCCAAAACUGUGUUCGUUUUUAAUAAAUAAUUUUGUAAUU